CUACAUACAUAACUGUAUAAAUUGAGAUAAAGUUAAUCUUUGGACUUGUGCACCGAAACGAUCCCGAAAGAUCGUAAUGUCUCAGAGAGGGGAAGAUCUGAAUUGAAUUUUUUUUUCUGCUUAAAAACGUAACGUUUCAGUUCAACCGACUCUUUUCAAUUGAAAUUUCUUACUAUUUAAUACAAGAGUCCAAAAAUGUUUGCCACAAUUUCGAAAACUCUAAGGUCCCCCAUCAGCAAAUUUGGCUCGCUUUCAAGGUAUGAAUCAACGUUAGUCAUUGCGGAACACAACAAUGAAAGUCUUGCUGCGAUAACCCAGGCUACCCUGACUGCAGCCAAAAAAAUUGGUGGUGAAAUCACUGUUCUUGUUGCUGGAACAAAAUGUGGUCCUGCGGCCGAAGCCUUGUGCAAAGUCAACGGUGUAAGCAAAGUGCUUGUAGCUGAAAAUGAGGCUUUUAAAGGAUUUACUCCAGAAUCUCUGACGCCACUGAUUCUAGCUACACAGAAACAAUUCAAUUUUAGUCACAUUUUGGCUGGCGCGAGUUCUUUCGGAAAAGCCUUGCUACCUAGGGUAGCUUCGAAACUGGACGUUUCGCCGGUGAGUGAUGUGAUUGGUAUAAAAACGGCUGACACGUUCGUGCGGACGAUUUAUGCCGGAAACGCAACGCAGACUGUGAAAGUGAAGGACCCGGUAAAAAUAGUGACGGUUCGAGGAACAUCUUUUGAGGCGGCAUCAUUGGAAGGUGGAUCAGCGAAAAUCGAAACAGCUCCAGCCGGCGAUUACAAAACGGACAAAAUCGAAUUCCUUAAACAAGAGCUCAGUAAGUCUGACCGGCCGGAACUUACCUCUGCAAAAGCCGUUGUAUCUGGCGGGCGUGGAAUGAAGUCUGGAGAGAAUUUCAAGCUUUUGUACACUCUUGCCGACAAAUUGAACGCGGCUGUUGGAGCUUCGAGAGCUGCGGUCGAUGCUGGAUAUGUGCCGAACGAUUUGCAGGUCGGCCAAACUGGAAAAAUCGUUGCACCGGAUCUGUACAUAGCCGUAGGAAUAUCCGGAGCAAUACAGCAUUUGGCGGGAAUGAAAGACUCGAAAACGAUCGUGGCGAUAAACAAGGAUCCCGAAGCGCCGAUCUUCCAAGUAGCGGAUUACGGUUUGGUUGCCGAUUUGUUCAAGGCCGUUCCUGAGCUGACUGAAAAGAUUUAAUCGAAACGAGCCUGUUUCAUUGUAUUUCGCGUCGAGUGAAUCAUGCUUCCGAGUUUUUAAAAUCUCUACUUUUAUACACAAGCAUAUACAAAAAAGUAAAAACUCAAUCAACGAAUAUCUUUUUAUAACAACAAUUUUAAUCUGUAAAUACGUUUUUAGAGAGAAUUUUUCGAAAGAUCGAAUAAAAUUAUACGACUGUUGACGUUAA